AUUCUCCUGCCUUCUCCCCAUAACCUCUGACACUCACGGUACUAAUCAAUGAGUGAAUCAGGGUGGGAACCGUCUCUGCGGAAGCAGCAAGGUGUGGAAUUCGGUUGGAAGUGGCGAAAAUGUCGGAGGAAUGUGUGCUGCAUGCGACGGCGGAUGGGGUGAAAGGUUCACACAUAAUGUGAGAUAUGCUGGGCCCCACCUGGUCUCCAGACGGUGCCUCUUUAAGAAGGUUGUGGGAGGCGGGAUUGAGCUAUUUCCCGGCGCUGCGGCUCAGUCGGUGCCCGGAGUGGGAGCGGUGGCGGCUUUGCUUUCUGACCCAGUGGCUGGGCGUAGUGCAGUGUUAGAGUGGGUGGUGGGAAGGAGGAGGAGGCGGCGGCGAUGGUCGCCCAGUGAGGCCGGGGAUUGAGUCGGACUUGGGCCUUUGCUCAUCUCUGGGGCCAUGGAGAACCCGAGGAGACACAGCAUUAAACAGGCUUAAAAGAGCAACAUUUCUCAAUGAAUUAACAGUCUUCCAUGCUUCCUGCUGAUUUCCAUAAGUUUGGAAAUGUGCUCUAUUUUUAAAUAUAUUAGGAAAUAUCAUAUAGGAAACUAUUUGCAAUUAAUGGAUUUUUAAUAUAUGCAGUGAUUAUUUAGAAUAUAUAUGUGUACAGCCCACUGUGUUUCCUGCUCUCUAUCUGGGACCGGCUUGGCGAGUUGAACUGUAGUCAUGUCUGAUUUGGGCUCUGGGAUGGAGUCUGGUCUCUUGGACGUGUUGAGGUGGUUUGGACUUGUCGCUGUGUUCCUGGCCUCAGUCCUCACCCUGGCGCUGUAUGGGUUUCGUUGUGUGACGGGGAUUUCCUGGGAGAGGAUUAGAAGUAAGUUUGGGUUGGGGGCAAGGACGUCUGCAGGUUCUCCUCCGAGUGACCCUUUCGAAGGGGCAGCCCCUCUCCUAUGCUGGCUUCUCUCCCUGGAGAGUUGGAACCGCCAGUGGCAGAAAGCUUGGCUCGGUGCACUCAACAAAGCAGCCUUGAGGAACCUGAGUUCAUUGCAGCUUACUAUUGACAAUGUCGGUCCGUAUUCAUCUCCUCUGUCUCUGAGUCGUGUGACCAGUGUUAUCAAAUCCGCACAACACUUGGUACUUGGAUGCCACGUGACUGGAGAAUAUGCCCAGUUUUCUAUCACUGUGACGCAGGAGUCGCCCGUUGCUGUGGCAAUGGAAUCCUUUAAUGUCCACAUGUCUCCACUUCACGUCGAGCUGAUGAUUGACAUUGAAGACUCUGAUGAUGUAAAAGUCACAUGGAAUCUUCAGAAUUGUCGAAGCUUAAAUUUGAAGGUGACACCAAAAGUUAAAAAGGAGGUAGCAGAGGGAGAUGCUGACCCGGAGACUAUUCACAGACUGUUACAAGAUAUGUUCACCUCUGCCCGUCCAAUGGUCUUACUGACUAUGAAGGCCGCACCUUUAAUGAAUUGUAAUAAUUUUCCAGUCUCCCAGAAUUUUCCCAAUGCAGAGUUAUCGUCGCAGAUCUUCUCGCCUCCAAAACCACCGCGAGCUCAUGAACGGAAGCUUCAGGUGAAGAUCAUCAAAGUGGAAGAACUGGCAGCUCCCAAUAUUGCCGAAAGUAUCCACCCAUAUUGCGUUGUGCAGUUGGACAACCCAGUGCAGAAGUUCUCUGGCUCAGUGAUGAGCAGCAUCUCCAUUCCCCAGUGGGACCAGCAGUUUGUAUUUGAGCUGAGUGCCAAGUCAAAGAAACUUCACAUGCAGAUUUUGGAGGAUGGAAGACCCUCGGAGAUACUUGGUGAGGUGACUGUGCCAAUAGAUCUAUUCAAGAAACAGCCAAGUGGGGUACAAAGCUUUCGCCUGGUCAACAAACAGAAUGGGAAUAGUUUGGGAUUCAUCACGGCUGAGUUCUGUUAUAUGGAACCCAACGAAAUUAAAUCUCGGCAGUCGCCCAAGCUGCUUCCAGCAAAGAAAGUCGACAAGGAUCGGACAGUCAUGCCUUGUGGCACGGUUGUUACCACGGUAACUGCUGUUAAGUCCAAGCCUCGAACAGAUGGGAAGCCUUGUGGAUUGAUUGCAGACGCCCCCAUGAAGUCCUCCACAGAUGUGAAAGAUGCGGAUGAGGAAUCCUUGGCACUGGGCAACACUGAGCAGGGAGCUCGUGUUAGUAAACUCUUGUCAUCGUCUGAUACAGAGCUCCUGCACUUGAGUGGCACAGACCCAGUGGCUGAAGCAGCGAUUCGGCAACUUACUGAGUCUGCAAAGCACAAAUUGAAGUCUCCCAUCAAGAAAAGUACCAUCGUCAUUUCAGGUGUAACGAAGACUCCCUUGGCUGCGGAUGAUGAGAUGACACUAUCGGCCAACUAUGCAGCUGCAAUGGACGCGUCUUUAGGGCAGGAACCUCAGCUCCACCCUUCCUCCAACGGCAACCCUGAGCUCUCUUCUGAAAAGACACUAACUCCGAGCCCACCUGAGGCAGAGGUUUGUCCCGAUGAAGAAACUUCAUCCUCGUCAUCAGCAAUCCGAGCUGAUGGACCAUUCAACCAAUGGAACACUGGUUUCCAGGAAGACCUGGAUUUUGAACGGAAAUCGAAUAGUUCCUUUGGCGGCUCAGAAGCGGGAACGAUGAAAAAAUCCAGAGGCGGAUUUAUGCGGAGCGGUGCAAAAUUCUUUUUCCGACGCAGACAUCAUCAGAAGGAACCCGGGAUGAGCCAGUCGCACAACGACCUGGUUUAUCUGGAGCAUCCGACGCCUCUGGAGAAGGAGAGGAAGUCGGCCAAGAAGCAAUUUAAAAGACUUUUCCCAAAAUCUAAAAGUAAAGCGAAAGUGAAUGGCUCUGCCGCAAACUGAGGUUGCUGUCUCUCCCAUUUCUCUUUCUCCGUCCCACAGCAGUGCACUGUGACGAAAGAAUGUCCAGAUUCCAAAAGCCUCAAGGUUUUAUUUGACUUGUAAUUGCAGAGGCGUUUUUUUCCCCCAUCCGGAUUAUUCCAGUCUGGAAGGAAAUAUAUUUUUUAGAAUUUUACAUCACUCUCAUCGAGGGAAACAUUGCGACACUUUUUCUUUCAGGAGGUAUUUAGGCCUCCAUAGUAUUCUGGAUUUUCUCAGUUAUGGGAACUGAGUAAUGUUGAAGUAUUUCGGGGGAAAAAACAGGGCACCUUCCUUGUUUUAUCAAGUACCCAGUCCCUAACAAUUGCUUUGGAUGCAACUUUUCUAUUCGUAUAAAUUAUUUGUGCCUGUCUGACCUGAUUGAUGCCAGGUUAGAAGAGUUUUACAGCAUGGUUCCGUGUCCAGUUUGAGAAGAUUUUCCACCGUGUUCAGUGUCCAUUCUAUUGAUUAUUGCCACUUUGAGUUUAAAACAUUUGCAAUGGAGCUGAAAGCCAAAGAACCUCAAUUAGAUUGUUCCAUCUGUUUCUCUUUUAGCUCUUCUGUCACCCUGUUCCCCCUGCCAAUUGCUCCUCCCCAUUUUACAAGGAUGCUUCAAAACUGACCAGAAGGUAGCUUGCUCUCCAGACCUCUGCAGAUUCUCUGGCCAUUAACAGAUGGGACAGGUCUGCUGCCAAUUCCCCCAGGCCUCAGCAGUUCCUAAGUCUAAUGGUCAGCUCUCACUGAGCUGAUUAUAAAGAGAACAAGUAAUAUAACUCUUUGCAGCAUCUUCACUUUUUUUUUUUUUUUUUACUUCUUGAGAAGUUAUCCCUGCCAAGAUUCAUGAUUAGAACACUAAGAUUUAUUUAAUAUUAUCUGUAUGAUGCCAACCCCAUUUUACCGUGACGUUCAUGGGUUGAAUGAGUUUAGAUUCCUUACAGCCUCACAAUAGCCAUGUUUGAGGCAGGUUCAGUCCUUUGUUAAGACAAAACAUGCAAACUUCUUGUUAAAAGCUUUCCAGAAAGGCUGACAAGAUUGAUCUGAGAAGAGAUAAUCAAAUGAGUAAAGGGAGAAAAUUGUCCCUUCUCAAACACAAGCAAAUGGAAAUUGGACGGAAAAAGAACUAGUCGAAUUUCUGAGCACGUAGAUAUCAAGCUGGAAAUGGGGAAGUAUCUGAUUUGUAUAUAUUUGAGCCAUAUUAUUCAAACAAUUGCAUUUGCAGAAAUGAUGUCGUGCUCAGAACCUAAUGCAUUACACUACAAAGCUGGAGGAUUGAAUUCAAUCCUGUCAGCCUCUGAACUGGUGAAAUUUCUAACUACAAAUCUGCUCGUGGCUUUUCCUAAGUUUUCAAUUUGGGAAGACAAAUCCAAGGGAUGCAAAUUUGAAACAAAACACCAACUGCAUAAGUAGAUUUACGAUGACACCGAAUUAUGUAAAUUAUUCCCUGCCCUGAAAUAGGACAGAUCAGAGGUCUGAAUAUACGUGACUCAGCACCCACUCAUUAUUAUUAUUAUUGUAGGGAAUGAUAUACAAAAAGGAGCUUCCUAUUUCCCAGCUGAGCAUGCUGUUGCUGCAUUGGGUCAUUUUUAAGUGCCGCUUCUUUGGGGAAUCUUCUGAAACUGCGUUAGGAUAAUUAAUAAAUCCCAUCAAUCCAACGUUUUAACAUGGUGUUCCCGUUCUGCAAGACUGCUGCCGUGGCUGUAUUUGAUGCACUGGUGUGUUCUUCCGUUCAGUAUUGUUAAGUGAGCAACAAGAAAAGACACUCUGGACCCCCGGUUGUGCAGGUGCUAUUUCCAUAAAGGUGAUCAAUUGCCUCGGAGGGCUGUCUAUGACCAUUGAUUUUGUUUGCUGGGUCAUUAUUCCAGGACGUCCCAGAGAUAGAUACAAAAAGCUGGAGUAACUCGGCAGGACAGGCAGCAUCUCUGAAGAGAAGGAAUGGGUGACGUUUUAGGUCAAGACCCUUCUUCAGUCUGAAGAAGGAUCUCGACCUAAAACGUCACCCAUUCCUUCUCUCCAGAGAUGCUGCCUGUCCUGCGGAGUUACUCCAGCUUUUUGUAUCUAUCUUUGGUUUAAACCAGCAUCUGCAGUUCCUUCCUACACAGGAUGUAUGAGUGUGCCGCCUGUUCAUAAUGUGAACGUCCCAACAUUGGUGAUCCUCCAUUAUUUGUUUUGUAAUGAUGGUGACCAGUUGACAACUGGCUUUUUAUGCACUUGUUUCAACUUUUCUACUGCCGUUCGUUUUGGGUUUUUUGGUUCCCCAUCAGGUUUUUGAAAAGAGGUUGGUGUUUGGCCCAUUCUCAGUUUCAGAAGGGUGUAGGAAUUGCAUGCUGCCUAGCUUUAUAGCUGUAUUAAUAGACCUGCCACAUCGUUCAUCCAUUGAUUUUUCCCUUUGGUUAUCUCACCACUGCUGGCAAACUUUGUUCUUGCUCACAAAUCCAAAUGUACUUAUGUAAUCAAUAGCAGGCUGUGUUGUUGAAAACAAAAUGCUUGUACUCUGCCAGAAUUUCACUUUUUAGCUUUGAGACUGUGUGCAAUUUUCUGGGGCUGAUCUCCCCAGUAUGCUCCACUUACUACACUGCCCAUUCAAUGAAACAAAUAAGCAAAAAUGACUGUUAAAUAGCCUUUUCUUCUAUUGCAUGCACUUCCACUGCAGCCAAGAGGUUUUUGGCAGGUCUUUUAUAACUGUCCAUCAAUAUUAUUUCCCCCUCUCACCCAAAAUAUCCCCUAUCCUUACUAUGUGCAUUAUCCAGGUGUUUUAGGGAAAAUAUUUGCUGUUCUUCCAUUAGUCUUCAGAUAUUCUCCCUACUCAGUGAACUUAUUUUUUAAUUGUGAAAUGUCAAUGUUAUAAUGUAAUUAGCGUGGGAUCUAAACCUGAUAUUUGUGUGUGACCUGCUGUUAUGUGUGAGGUUUGACAAUUCAGGAUUUUAGUCUUCAGUGCUGAUAUCUUUAAGUUUAGGGACAUGGUAUCAAAGUACUGUGUACACUACCCAUUGUUAAUCUUUCAGACCAUACUCUUGUCCAGUACAGAUUUCCCACCUUGUGUUGAUGAAGGCGGGAAGAGGCUAUUCAGUACAUGGUCUUACUAUCUCUGUGCAUGUCAAGCCCAGUGUUUACCAGUGUGUUAAAAUGAUGACCAAAGAGUGGGGGGGUAAGGACUGUGUAGCCCUGUUACGACACAGGUCAUACCUACUGAGAAUCAGUAUCGCCAUUCAUAAUUGCACUGAUUCAGCGUAAGCUUUUAUUAUUGUGAAUCGUAACUGGAAUCUUCCUCUGGUGCUCCCUCAGUACCAAGAACUAGUAAAGGAAGAACAAAGAUAAGUGUGAUGUUUAUUGAACUGAGCAAGGGAUCAGAAGUGAAAAUGGAUUGCACACUAAGUUAUUGAUGAUUAAAGGAAAUGCUGCAUGUUAUUGGUCUCGCUUAAAAGGAGAAACACUGAAGUUACCCAGUUGCCUUCUAAAACUACAGUGUCUUAAUUCUUAUAACUAAUGCAAUAAAUAUUGAGAAUCAUUA